AUGAACUUAAAAGAUUCUGAGGAGGCAGAAGAUCAUUUCAUGGAUUUCGAAGAGGAAUUCUUCAGAAGGAGAGCAUUGACAUUCGAGAACAGCUUUUCGGUUGAUAACGAGGACGAGUUAACAUUGGAUACAACGAGCAGCUACUCGUCAAACUCCUUUUGCGCUGGAGAUAAAAUAAACAUAUUGAUGGAACAAUAUAGGGAACAAAGCAAACAGUUAGAAUGCACACCGAACGAUAAUUCUAAGAAGGGUUCAAAUUUCAAACACAGGCUUCAAAGUUUUGGACACAGAAGUUCGAAAUCAGAUAGUACAAAAUACCAAGCGGCAGCAUUUCGAGGCUUGAGUCCAAAUAUGAAUAGGGGGUGGAAGUCAUUUGAAAGUUGCAGUGACAGAAAUCAAAAUCACAUAUACCAUAGGCGAGGAAGUUCAUCUAAAAGCUCUAAUCAUGCACGCAAGAGAGGCAAUACAAUAGAAUUGGGGGGCUUUGAAAGAGUGCGGGAAUCUUAUAGAAAAAAGAGUGUGGAGUCUUUCCGCAGCAUGGCACAAAUGCAAGAACUGGCCAAAACAAAUGAGGACAGGAGAUUGGAUGUAAACAAUGACUAUUUGGACAGUCACUAUCAAAGAAAUAAUCAUAUUUCUCCAUAUCACGACAACAACCAAAAUAAUAACAGAUUACACUCUCAACGAACAAUGGACAUUUCCGAACAAUAUUUUCUGAGAAUGAAUCAACUGUGCCUUAAAGAAGGGAAAGAGAGACAAAACUUUGAGCCGAUCGAACAAGAUUAUAACAAGGUCGCAGAUGAUAUUCCUACUUUUGAAGGAUUGGGGGUUGGCAUCCAUCCUGAAGGAUAUAAUUUAAAAGAUGGAAUACUCGUUGAGAAGGAUGACUCACAAACUCUGAAACUGGAUGACGAUGAUUCUGCAUCAAACACGGGAAAACGACCAAAUCAAGAGGAUCUAGUUGCAGAUUUUAUAGCAAGUGAUGUUCUUCAAAGAUUGGACGAAUAG